AUGCAAGCCCAUUUUUAAGAGAAGGAAGCUCUAGCUGACAUCUUUGGUCAUAUAAAAGAUGUAGAUGAGCAAAUUUUUGGUGCCAUAUUAGAAAAAUUAAGAAGGGAAAAAGUUUAAGACAUCAUUGGAUAUCUUUCAGAUAACAGGAAUCAAAGCCAAUUAGAAUCAUGUACCUUAUAUAAAGGAGUUGAUAUCACCCAGGCUGAUAAAGAAUAGAAAUUGUCUGUUGUUAGAAAUGAUAUCAAAAAAAUCACAGAAGUCUUAAGAAAAUUAAAAGACCAUGGCUUCAAUAAGGUAGACUAUUCCUCUGAAGUAAAUGAUGAAUCCACAUAAAGUUUAAUUAAUAGUAUCAAGGAUUAUAGAUGGAUCUUUGAAUUUCUGUAUUUUUUAGUUCACCUCACAUCCAUAGAUGAAACUUUGAUAUAAUGUGGGUCUAAUUCAUUACAUUUAUUAGUUUAGAUGAAAGUAAACCUUAGAAAAAAAAAUUUUGAAAACAUAAAUUUGUAAAAUACUUCUUUAGUUGGAGCUAAUUUUUUUAAGUGCAAUUUUAGCGGAUCCCAAUUCUAUAAUGUUAACAUAAGUGGAAUAAAUUUGAAUAGAGCAUUAUUAAUUAAUUGUAGAUGGAAAGAAUUAAGAAUUAAUGAACUAAAUAAAUUAAAUGGUCAUACAGGAUUUGUGUAAUCAGUUUGUUUCUCUCCUGAUGGGAAUACAUUAGCUUCUGGUAGUAGUGAUAACUCUAUUCGUCUUUGGGAUAUCAAAACAGGAUAAUAAAAAGCCAAAUUAGAUAUUCAUAGUACAAUGGCUUGGUCAAUCUGUUUCUCUCCUGAUGGAAAUACAUUAGCUUCUGGUAGUGUUGAUAAGACUAUUCGUCUUUGGGAUGUCAAAACAGGAUAAUAAAAAGCCAAAUUAGAUGGUCAUACUACUGAAAUCUUGUCAGUCUGUUUCUCUCCUGAUGGAAAUACAUUAGCUUCUGGUAGUAAUGAUAAGUCUAUCCAUCUAUGGGAUGUAAAAACAGGAUAAUUAAAAGCCUCAUUAGAUUGUCAGUGUAAUUAAGUUUGGUCUGUCUGUUUCUCUCCUGAUGGAAAUACAUUAGCUUCUGGGAGUAGUGAUUGGACUAUCCGUCUAUGGGAUGUCAACACAGGAUAAUAAAAAGCCAAAUUAGAUUGUCAUUAUGAUGCUGUUAAAUCAGUCUGUUUCUCUCCUGAUGGAAAUACUUUAGCUUCUGGUAGUUAAGAUAAGUCUAUUCUGUUAUGGGAUGUCUAAACAAGAUAAUUAAAAGCCUCAUUAGAUGGUCAUAGUAAUUAAGUUUGCUCAGUCUGUUUCUCUCCUGAUGGAAAUACAUUAGCUUCUGGUAGU